GGACGACGGAUCCGCGGCGGCGCGCACUGAGCCUGAGCAUCUCAGCACCUUGGAUUGAUCCGACGCGCAAGAACGCACCGGCACACACGCGAGCACGCCCUCCAGAUCUACCUGAAACCUCCACGCCAGUUAAUUGUCAUUGUUGAAGGGCGAGAAAAGGGAGAUUGAACCCCGAUUUUAUUCGCAGCCUCGCCGUGUUCCCAUGAUGUCAUACCUGUGGAUUCUGCUAUUAGGAAGCCUGCUGGCUACGCACGCCAAGGCACAAGAUGAUAUAAUCCCAACAGUAGAGCCAUCUAUUGAAACUUCCACAUCUAAAGCAGAUGUAGAGGUCAUCGACCAGCAUAACCUUGGGGACGUCGUCACGGCAACUGAGGAAGUAUUGCAGUCUGAGCCCACUGAUGACCCUGAGGCUGAAUUAAUCCAUGAAGCAAAUGCUGCAGAUGUAAGCACAGAGCCAGUGCCUACAGAUGCUCCUGCAGGGGAGGAGGGUCAAUCAGCGAGUCCUACGACUGGAGAAACAGAACCAGUUAUUUCUGACGCACCUACAACCACACAAGCUGCUGAUUCUGAGGAUGACACUCCAGAAGCUACGCAAACAGCAGUUAAUGAGGAGGAGCAACCUACCACAAAUGCGAAUACAACACCUGCUCAAGACGAGAGUGGACUUCAUGACAUCAUAACAACAGUAGGUCUAGAAGCCAAUGAGGAGGCACCAACUGAUCCAUCUGCUAAUGAAGAGUCAUCCACAGAUGAUUUCACAACCACAGAUGAAACUGUCACUAUAAAUCCAGGGUUUAACAUUGAGAAGACGUCAAUUGCAGAGCAGGAAACACAUGGGUCAAACCAGGAAAGUCCCGUGGAGAAGAGGGUGGUAACACACCAGGAGUUAGGUGCACCUCUGUCAAACGAAGAUGUGCCUGCUUUGGGUGCCUCAGGGAGUGAUGCAGAUCAACAGCCCCAAAAGGCCAGCUCAAGCUCUUUAGCAGCAAUCCUUAGUGCGAUUGUUGUGUCUGCAGUGGGAGCAAUCGCUGGAUACUUCACCUAUCAACAGAAGAAGCUGUGCUUCAAAAAUAGACAGGAAGCAGACCCUGAAGCUCCACACAAAGCUGAUGCAGCAGAGGCUCGGUCAGAUCCCCAGGUUCUUAGCAACCUUCUGAACUCCUCCUAGACCCGAAACAAUCACCUUACCGCCCGGGCCAACUACAGUCUAGCAAAGUGGCAAUCUCACUGUUCGGCUCUAUCCUCUGUAGAGCUAAAUUACUGUGAGGCCCCAGAGUAGGGCUGCGUGUUUCAGGCUGAAUUUCUAUGUCUGUAUGUUGCUCUACACGAGCCUGCGUGGAUGUGUCUCAGUGUGCGUGUGACUAAUAUCCGUUCAUUCUUGUGUGUGCAUAAAUGUGGAAAGAAGGAGCUAGAUAAAGAUCAUGUGAUCUUUAGGGCUUUCAUUAUUGUUAUAAAAAAUGUAUUAAAAUAAUUGGUCAAACACUCUACUUUAAACCAAAUUAUUAUAAUUUUUUUCAGAGUGGCCAUUAAAGAGAUUUAAUCUCAAUUUACGUAUAACCAUAAAAUGGAUUAAUUAUAUACCUACCUUUUAAUUUUAUUUGUAUGGCUACUAUUAAUUCAAUGUAAAUAUAAAACAGUAACUGAAAUCGAUGUUGUAGGUGUUUUAACUUGUAAUUGUUUCUUUGGAAUUUUAUACAAUUUUUCCAUUGUUGAGCUGCCCGUAUAAUUUUAAAUCAUUUAGAUAAGACAUUUCUUUUUCAAUUAUCUAUAGUACAGAUCCAGGUUAACUGGAUAACAGGGGGACACAGUAGCAAGCAUUUUGUGGAUUCUGGUUAGGAGCUGUGGUAAAGGAUUUAAAGACUAGUAUUCUUGGGAUGCGUGGUCAAAUGUGUUUAGAUGACCACCGAUGUCACUGAAUGUGUGUGCUUGUUUUCUGAUAGGUGAAGGGGCUUGAUUUAAAAUCCUGUUAAGUGACUGCUGUUUCUCCUCGGUCGGUUGAAUACAUUAAAAGAUGACACAAAUCAAAUACAGCCUAACAUUCUAGUCAUAUUAAUUUAGGAAAUACCAAAAACAAGCCAACAAAAAUAUAUUGUGUAAACUUACUAAAGUACGAUGAAGUAAAGUCUAAUCCAGUGUUGUUUCUGUAAAUGGAUGAAUGGUCACCUGACAUGGACAAAUUCAAUGGAGGUCAUGUAGUAAUGUAUUAGACUUUGUUCUGAUGUAGUAUGUGUGUAGUUGUGAAGCAGUCUUUUUUUUUCUCUAUAGUGCCUUUCACUGACACAGCCUGGCUUGAACAAUCUACAGACACACAGAGAAGAUAUACAGGGUGACAAAUUAAAGUAAAAGCCUAAAUGCCUUUGUUGCUGUUUCAAAUUUCAAAGUUCUGAGCUAUUCUAAAUUUAAAACAUUUCAUUUUGAUGGCUGAAGUCUCUUACAAGAUGAAAAUAUACCCAUCCAAAUUGCCUGUUUAAUCGCAUCACACCAAACUGAUGUCAUGAUGGUGGUGUGAUGAACUGGCUUAACACUUUAAACACCCUUAAUGCUGGGUCAACCUUUAACUUUUUACCCAUCUGCUACUGAGAAGACAAGCAAACCAGUAGGAGGCUAUAACAAUGAAAGAGUGUUCUGUAUUCAUUCUUAAUCUGUCAGUUACGCAGUUACAUUUUUUUUUUAAAUUAAACUGCUCAUGCAUGUAAAAUAAUAACAACACAAACAUAACAGCUGCUGUAUGUGUGUCCACAGUCGGGCCGUUUGCAGUCUUAGUUAGCUAAGUAUUAGCUAAUCUUGCAAUCUAAACUCUUUCAACCACCUCUGCUGGUGGCAGAUGUAAAACUCUUCUCAUUGUGUGUCUCUUUAUUUGAGCAAGCCAGCUGCUGUAACAGUGUAUUUUUAUUGUUCAUGUAUCCACAUUACAAACGCCAUUCACUUGUGAUUUUUUUAUAGGAAUCCUUUACAUUUAGCAGCCGUGCCUCGGAGCCGACAGAUUGUCUUUAGUCAACUUGUUUGCUGUGCUAUUUUGUUAAUAUUAUUGUAAAAUGCAAAGGAUGCAGCGCUACUGCUUUUUUCCAAAUGUAGCACACACACAAAAAAAUCGUAACUUCUGAAUGUCUUUUUUGUUGCCUUGAAGUUUUGUACUUGCCCUGCUCCCUUUAAACUUUGAUAUAUGGCUAUAGAGGCUGCAUAGUGCUGCAGGUCAUGUAAUGUGUGUUACUUGUAAAGCACCAUAUAGCUGCAAUACAGGACAGAGACUGUUGCUAACAGCCUAGCCUCAAGCUGAGAAAUGUUAAUAAUCUGUGAUCAAUUUCACUCUACAAACUGUGGGUCAGACGCAGUGUCAGCGAUCUGUCUUCUUAACCUGUAAUCUGUGACAGACAAAAGCUGUUUUCUCUUGUAACACUGAACUACGUGGAUAGUGUAUCAGGAGUGACAAUGCACAAAAAAUACCCACUCAACAAUAAUAAUACAAAUAGGACUAGCCACCAAUGCCUUCAAAAUGCAAAUUUUUUCUUUAAAUGCAGUACUGCCCUGCAGUGAACAAAAGCACUGAAAUGUCCUGCGAUGCUCUUUUAGAUAACUUCCUGUAAUGGAGACAAUAAUCCAGAAAAAUUCGAUAUGUGUUGCUUGCACUGAGGACAUCAUGGUCAACAAUACAUUUUGCCGAAACACUCUCGGUCAAUAAUUCAGUCUUAUUUAUAUUAUAUCAAUUCACAACUACAGUCACCUGAUGGUGCUUGAUCCCAGCAAUACAAAGUAUCAGAACAAAGCAUUCAAACCAGAAUGUAAACCUUGAGUGUUGUAAACUCAUUGGGUCCUGAAGUGCACUUGCCACAUAACACUAGGGCAUCAAUCAUGGCACUGACCAGUCCUGCCUUAUUCCUUAUAUGCUCUUGAAUAUUCCUGAUAGGAAAACAAACAAUAAUGUCAUCUUAAAAAAACGACACAGCGACACAAGCAGAGAUUUUUUUGUAAUCUCAAUGGGAGAAGCACGUUCCUAUCCUGUAUACAUCUUGAUUUACUACACAUAUAUAGACAAUUCAUUUGUUCUUCUUCUGACUUCCUGUUUAUUUAAAUAUUCUGUGUGGUUUUUGUGUAGGAACUGUUUUUUUUAUUUUUGUCAUCUGGCACUUGUGUUCUUCUGGAGUUGUGUAAAUAAUGUUUGAGGAAUCAAUUAAACAGUUUUUGUGGGA